AUGCCGGAGACGAUCAGCGAAUGGCUCCCUUUCGAUGCCUCGCGACCAAAGCGACGGCGGGCCGAGCUAGUUUGCGAAGUUUGCCACGGCAAGAAGGUGAAAUGCGAUCUACAGGCCAGAACUUCUGAAGGCUACCAGACCUGCACAAAUUCCCAUUCAAGCCGUGUCCCUACACCACCAGCGACUUCGGCUUCUGGCGAAGCGGCAACAGCUUCGCAAACGGACGCGGUUGCUGAUGCCAUUCAUGUUCUGUCAACAGGCUUCAAUGAAUUCGUCCCGCCGCCUCCACCGUCUCGUUCUCGCUACUCAGCAUCAGAGCAGCACAGACAAGCCUCGUCUCCUUGUUCGUCCGCCCCAGUUGUGCGAUCUCAAGAACCUCAUCUUGCUCCAUCGCCAUCUCAGAGAUCUCAGAGCAGCGAUACACGCACUGAGGGCGUUGCAGAGAGCCAUACGGGCGAUAUCGAUACUGGUUUCUUGCAGGUCUAUGCCCCCGAGAACCAAUCAUACGCGGAAAAGCAGGCAUUAAAGGCGUCCUUGGAGCACAAGUACAUUCUCUCGAACCUUCGUGAACAAGAUCUCCUGGAAAGCUUUGCAGAAACUUAUUUCGAAUAUUGCUAUGCCUGGUGUCCAGUUUUGGAUUCCGAAACCCUUGAAAGCGAUAUUGCUCGAUCUCCCCUCCUUGCCAACGCGCUAGCAACUGCAGCAAGCAAUGUUCAACCCCCUUUGGUGCCUUACGAGGGACCGGCGGAGUAUUACAAGAAAGCACGCAGGAUAUUCUACGAAGAUGAGGAAUCUGAUGGGCUAACAACUCUCAUGGCUGUCUCUUUGUUUUACUGGUGGGCUCCACGUCCCCCAAGCACAGUCCAUCGACAUUCAUCAUGGUGGUGGACAUCGGUGCUCAUUCGUCACGCGCAGCAGAUGAAUCUUCAUCGUGAGCCCACAGCAAGCCAAGUCGUAUCCGGCAACUUGAACCUGGGCCUGCGAAGGAGAAUCUGGUGGACGGCAUUCGUAAGUGGCUCGAAAACUGUGGGCUCGUACAUGAUUUGCUAA